CUUUCCCAAAGCUUCGGUCCUCUUGUUUACCUCAACAAACUUUAGCCUAUCUCAACCCUUUAAUAACUUGAUGGGAAAAUUGAUAUAUCGGUGCAUACAGGAUACAACUGUCUUUGUUCUUAUCAAUGGGAGAUGAUGAAAAUGUAUUGGUCAAUGCGCAAAUAGAUGAAGGUUCAAGGCACGAGAGGAAAUACCACAAAAUAUGGGCAAACUCCAAUCAAAACAUGGUAAAACUUGGUAUUUAGAUUAGUUUCAGAGGCUACUGUAUAUCUCUUAAUAACCAAAAUGUAACAGUAUUUUAUUUAUAUCUUUUAUGUUUCCAUUUAUGCAUAAUUUGGAUAGCCUGUAAACGCAGAGAAAAUCCUGAAGGUAAGAAUCACCUAUUCAAAAGUAUGUCUCUCAAAUAUAAAAUGUCAUGCAGGGUAUAGACUAUUUCUUAUUUAGUUUUUAUUUUCCAGGUGGUAGUUUUGCUGCCAAUGUGCUCACCUGUCAGAGAGAGCGGGAACAUACGGGUCUCCACACCCACCCAAUCAGAUUUAAGCAGGUACAGUACAUUAUAAUACAGUUUAUAUAUUUUACACCUGAGUUGAGAUAUGAUUAAUAUUUUGGCACUUUUGAAGAUUUAAGAGAGAAAGAGCGAGAGUGGAGAUACAGAGAGAGAGAGUGACAGAGAGAGAGCGAGAGAGAGAGAGAGAGAGAGAGAGAGUGAGAGAGUAACAUGCCUUUACCUCAGAAAGUCGGUUACCUCAUCACAAAUAUCACUAUCAAUAUCAAGUUGUCCUCUGUAGCUCAGUUGGUAGAGCUGAUGGCCUUUGCAGCAUCAGGAUAGUGGGAAAAAAUGUAUGCACGCAUGACUGUAAGUCGCUUUGGAUAAAAGUGGGUCUUUUUUUUGGCAUAGAAAAGCCUGUAAAUGGAUAGCAACACAGACAUGUGUGUCAUUAGAGUGGAGAGGCUUGAACUUGGAUAAUGAUGCUAACGAGAACCAGAAUGGUGGAGUCCUGUGACGGGGCAGAUGAAUGGGCCAAGGCCUCCCAGAGUGGGAGGGGUUAGAACCCUAAUGGAAAUGUAAAGGUGGUUAUUUUAUGAGACAGAGGGAGGUCAACUGACCAUUCUCAAUAUUGAGUACAGGAUGUUGUUGUAUUCAUCAACCUUUAUUCAUAAAUCAUAGCCAAAGUUUGUACCAUCUGGGGUUGGUAAAUUGGUAAACAACAAAAAACAUUGUGAAUUGCUGUCUUGUCACUCUUGUUAACACUGUCAGUCACCACUUCGGGCUCACAUUGUAUCCACACAGUUGUUCACACAGGGGUUCACACUGGGGUUCACACUGGUGUUCACACUGGGGUUCACUCAUUCUCAGCCAGGUCUGCCCCAGCCCAGGAUGAUAAACUAGCCAGACACGCUCCCUCCCUCCCAGUCCCAGUCAAGGCAAGGCAGCCACAGGAUCAUAGCUCACAGCCAAGCCAGGGACAUGAAAGGGCCUUUUUUUCUCCCCGCUGCUUCCUUUUCUCUCUCUGUGAGAAGAGGCUGUUAUGUCAGUGUGAAACACAUAUGGCCACCGUCCAGAACAGCGGGGUCUUUCAGUGCCGCCACACUGAAACCACACAUCUGGUCCUGGUUUUCUGACUGCAACAGAACAGGGGGAAAAAAACAGGGAAGGGAACAAGGUAUGGUAGGCGUAGUGUCUGGUGGUGGGUGGACCGCCCUCACAUCACAGGCGGCCGGUUAAUUGGUGAGGACGGACUCAUAGUAAUGGCUGGAACGGAAUCAAUGGAAUGGUAUCAAAUACAUCAAACACAUGGUUUCAAUGUGUUUGAUGCCAUUCCAUUCACUCCAUUACAGCCAUUGUUAUGAGUCGUCCUCCCCUCAGCAGCCUCCUGUGCCUCAGAUGUAGGCCUAGUACUGUUAAUGAGACGGUCAGGUUUGGGGAGCUGUAGGGGCAUGAGAGUCCUAUACAUCAUCAUGUAGCAUAGUGAGAGUCCUAUACAACAUCAUCAUGUAGCAUAGUGAGAGUCCUAUACAACAUCAUGUAGCAUAGUGAGAGUCCUAUACAACAUCAUGUAGCAUAGUGAGAGUCCUAUACAACAUCAUGUAGCAUAGUGAGAGUCCUAUACAACAUCAUGUAGCAUAGUGAGAGUCCUAUACAACAUCAUGUAGCAUAGUGAGAGUCCAUUACAACAUCAUCAUGUAGCAUAGUGAGAGUCCUAUACAACAUCAUCAUGCUCAUAACUCUUAUUUGACCACUCACUGCCUCACUCACAUAUUUUUUAUGUAUUCUUUUCACUCUCGUAAUCAUCUCUCAACACUUGGAUAGACCCAUUGGAGCCAUGUUGAAUGCCUGCUGCAGGGACAUGUUUAACUCAUUGUGGUGGUGAGGAGGUGUUAAUGAAGUGUUGGUCUAUGUUGCUGCCUCUCUGGAGCCUGUAAUUAGGAAAGAGAGGCAGAGCCUGUCAGGUUCCUGUAAUGAGACCAACAUCCUCAAUGUCUUUUUAAUGGCAGUUCAGUUGUUCCUGUGAUUCUGUUUUCCAGCCCCACCAUUAACUGCUCCAUGACACCAUUGCUUAUAUAACUGUCAGCAGGGGCCUACAGUUUGUAAUGUACUGUAUGUUCUUUGCCUGGGCACUUCAUAUGUGUGCCUGGCUGUCUGAGCUUAUGUUCAUGGUUUGUCCUCUUUUCAGUAAGGAAGCUUGAUUAUAAUGUAAAUUAUAAGAUCACAUUAAACUGCAACCUCUCGGUUGUGUUGCAGCAGAAUCUAAUAGCGAACGGUCUAUCCUUGAUUAUAGAGUGAGAUAUUUCACUAUUUCAUUUCACCUAUGUUUCGGCUGUGAUGCCUCCAUCGGGGUGCCACAGGGUCUAGCAGUAACACCUAUAUUUUGUGUCAACAUCCUGCAGCCUCAGGUCAUAGACCCAGUGAGACACCAAAGGUCUCCGUCACACACCUCAGUCAGAGAGCCCACUGUUAGCCAUGGAAGAAUUAACCUUUUCUUCCCCUCUCUCUCCUCCUCUUCUGGCUUCUCCACUUCAAAGGGAGUUUGUGUGUGUGUGUGUGUGUUUGUGUGUGUGUGUGUGUGUGUGUGUGUGUUUGUGUGUGUGUGUGUGCUGUAUAUAGAGUGUGUGCUGAGGGGCACUGGUCCUAGACUUUCCUCUCUUUGGAAAGAGUAACAUAUUUACCAUGCAUGAAUUGAAAAUAAACAGCAGCCAUGUUUUGGAGUGAGGCCCUACUGCCUUUACUGUAAGGUGUCUGAUCUCAGCAGCUACUGAUUGUGAAUGAAUGUGUUCUUCCAUUCUGUACUGGUUCUACUCAGUUUUCAAAAGUCAUGUGAUACAAUAUCUGCAGAAAAACCGAUAGGAUGUGUCAUACUUAAUUCAAACAGGAUUUUAAACAAUUUCUGACUUCCCUCAAUAUUGACAUACUGUAUCUGUCCAAUUACUGUGACUCAGGGUGGAGUGCAGAUAAUAUCACCUGAUGGAUUAACAAAGGCACGUUUGAUUAUCAAACCUGUUUGUCCAAGGCAGGUCUGGAUCACGUUCAGAUAUGGCAGCCAGAGAUUAGAACGUACAAACACUAACAAAGUUAGAGGAGAAACCAACCACAUCGGGUUGCAGUCUGUGUGGUGUGUAUGGAUGUGGAACUGCAGUGUUGAAAAACUGGACCAGUCAUUCUGUUGUGUUUGUAGAGGCCCACUGGGCACACACUGGUUGAAUCAACGUUGUUUCCACGUCAUUUCAAUGAGAUUACGUUGAACCAACAUGGAAUAGACGUUGAAUUUACGUCUGUGCCCAGUGGGGGAACCUUCCUUCCAACCCUCCUCGUAUUGUUUCUGUCCUGUUUGUUGCCCCAGAGGUUUCUGUUCAUUAUUCUAUCGGCUGUAGACUGUUCAGACUCUGGACUCUGUGAUCAUAUUUGGGCUGAGAUCGCCUCCCAGAACAUUCCAGCUCUGAGCCAGGCAAGCUGGAUUGGAUCGUUCGGGUGUCUUUCUCCACCCUUUCAUGUUUGGUUACUUGGAGAACCUUCAAGUGAUUUUGGAAACCACCCUGUUUGCUGGGCUGUUAGCUCAGACAGAAUACUAGAGAGAGAGAGUGAGAGAGAGAGAGAGAGAUAGAGAGAGAGAGAGAGAGGGAGAGAUAGAUAGAUAGAUAGAGAGAGAGAGAGAGAGAGAGAGAGAGAGAGAGAGAGAGAGAGAGAGAUAGAAAAUGAAAAAGAAACCAUGGUUCAUCAUGUCAUUGGGUGGUGAGAACACUUGGACAUCUCUACCCACAAUGAUCUGAAAUUUCCCAAUGCUUUGCGCCCUGAAGGCCAGCAGAUCUGAUUGGCCAGUUGGAGAGAGGCCCGGUUCUAUAGCUAGCUAGAGAGGCAUUUUCUUCCUGUGAAAUGAGCUCUACGUUUCAGCAGCCAAACCACCCGUGCAGACUCUGGCUCCAGUAUUUCCUCACCCAACUACAGCUCAACAUCCAAAUCCCUCCCUCAGUUCCCCUCCUCCAGAAAUCUCUCACAUCUGGUUUCUGUGAGCAAGGCCAGGCCUCUGAAAAUGAGCACUUCUUAAUGGUUAUUCUGUGCCUGAGUCUGAAAUCAACCCCUAACCCUUUUACAUUUUUUGUAUAUCAACUUCCAAUACUUCUAUAUCAACUUGUAUACCAACUUCCAGUGACUUAUCUUCCUAUUAUGUAUAAAGAAGCCGAUUCACAUAAACUCCUGCAAUGAAGCAACCAUCCUUCCCCAUGCAGCACCACCCCCAUACGAUCAACCACCUAUUCAGGUAUCGGUUGACAGGAAGAGAGAUGAUCAACCACCUAUCCAGGUAUUGGUUGACAGGAAGAGAGUUUGUUCAAACAAAGCCCUGCACUGUUCUCUUCCCAGGGCUCUGCGUUUGACUCUAACUAAGGGGAGUGGGAGAGAGGGGGGCUACGGGACAGGAUGCAAAAAUUGGUGACACCCAGUUCAUCUGGGGUAGGGUUACCUCCCCUCCCCUCCCCUCUCGGUCGGUAACCCUACCCCAGAUAAAAGGGCCCGUAGCAGGCAGAGUUUGGCUGGGACACUGGGUGAAGCCAUCAGCAGUCAGGAUUAUCUGUCAGCAUCGUCCUCUCAUACUCCACAGGCUCUUUGUUACUCUGUUGCCGUGGACAACUGUGUGCUACUGGGACUGUCUGUGGUGGAGAGAGUCAGACGCACAGAUACAAUGUUUUGGUGCUUUCACUGUCAUUUUCUGAAGGGUUUCUGACUUGUUGCAACAGAGGGUUGGAUAUCAUAGGCUCAGAUCUUGAUAGGUCUUGAUAACACAUGUAAUAUGCUCAGCACCGUUCAGGGGAACACCUAGUUUCAAAGUGUGGGUACUCGCCAAGCAAGAAGUACCCAGUGGAUUUAAUUGAAGUUAAUAUCCAUCUUGAGCCUUUUUAAGCACAUAGGCAUUAUAAAUAGCUUGUAGUCUCAGCAGGUUCUUGAACAUAGUCUGUACAUUUACCAUGUGUUAUUGUUUCCAUAUGAGACGCUCAGUUCUACUCAUAUAUGGGAACUCGGUGGGUGAUAUUACUUUAUUACCAAGAGUGACUUAAUGGAUCUACUUUUACUGGAUAGAGUGAUGUCAAAGCUGGCAUGGCCGGGGCAUGACUGCCUGCCUGCUCUUACAGUAAAUUCACCCUGAUAGGUUCUACCUUUCUCCCGUGCUUUAUUCCCUCUCUGUGUUUUACUAGAAUAGAAUAUAAUAAAAUAAUAUAGAAUAAAAUACCUAGAAUAUAAUAGAAAGUUGUCUUCUGCUUCUUCUGGAUAUUUACAUUUGAUUCUGAGGUAGAUUUGAGCAAAUGUCAGCCAUUUUUGGACUCUGAUAUCAGAAGUAGCUCUUCAAAUUUUAGGAAAAUAGACCCUGGCAGAUUAUAUCUCUCAGUAAGGCCAGUUUAGAAACGAGACAGACAGCCCACUGGGCACAGACGUCAAUUCAACGUCUAUUCCACGUUGGUUCAAUGUAAUUUAGUUGAAAUGACGUGGAAACAACGUUGAUUCAACCAGUGUGUGCCCAUUGGGAGAGAAGGUCAGUCAUCUGUCUGUGGCUCCUGUGUUCAGGGUGGUGACGUCUUGACCUUCUGUUCCCCAUUCAGUCCCAUGUGACAAUGUUCCGGGGUUCUCCACUGACCCUCAGUACAUCAACUGUAGAACCCCUCUGUCCCAGUGAGCGGAGGAGAUCAGGGGUCAGAUUAGAGGCUCAGCUUUCAUCCCAAAGGGGAAAUUAAUUACUAUUGGUCCUGUGCUAGUUACUUGUAUAUCUAAUUAGUGCGUGUGUGUGCGCGCGCAUGUGUGCAUGUGUGUAUAUAGAGGCGGAUGUGCUGUGUCUGCAUUACAUCUGAUUAGUGAUAGAACACAUUAUACAUACAUAUCGCUUUAUGGAAUUUAUCGGACGUUGAGGUGACCUUGAAAGCAUUAGCUGGGAUGCUGGUUCUCACAGUAUUAUUUACCCAGAUGAUGACAAACAAUAGGCCCCCAGAUGAUCAAAGGUUUCCUGCUCUCACAUCUCUGAGUCAUUUAUUGCUUCCUUCUCCCUCACUCUAUUCCUCCUCCUCUUCUGUGACUUCUUCUCUCCUAAUUCUCACUUGGUGCAUCCCUCCCCUCCUUCUUUUUCCAGGAGUUGUGCAGAAGGGAAGUGAAGGAUGAGCAGGUCUUGAACCAUAAGUGCCCCCUACAGGGUGAGUAGAGAAAGACGGCUCAGUGGAUCUGAUCGCGUUACUGUUGCACUGAUCCAAAUCUAGCAUGCAUCAUAAACUUAACAGCAUACUCAAUGAUUCAUCUGUUUGAUUCGGUAUGAUUCAUAUCUUAACUAAGCAUACCCCUUGGUUGUCUGGGAAAAAGGAAGUUUGUUGUAUAUUUGCACGCAAAUGCCUGAAACCUGGGAUAGUAUGUGGGUAUUGUUGUCUGUAAACAGAAAAUACCCAUUCAAUGAGUGUAAUAGAUUGAGUAGACACAAGCUUUCCCAGCCCAAGGCUAAUGAGAAUGUACUGUGUGUGUUUUACAGUGGUACUGCCACCAGAGAAGGACAGGGAGAGCUACAUCCAUGUUCCAUUCAGACAGCCCAGGAAGAGAAACAGCCAUGUUGAUGUGAGCUUCAAAAGGAGAAUCUAUAUAGAAUCUAUGUAGAUAACAUAGUAGUUUAUUACUGCUAUAUACAGUAAAGCAAGGGUUUGUUUGAUGAGCAUAAUAUGGUACAGUUGUGUUUGUUCAUCCGUUGUGUUUGUUCAUGGUUACAGGACACAGAGUGCAACGUGGUGUUGGAGGAUGACACUCGGCAAGAGUGGGUUUUCACACUGUAUCACUUUGACAACAGCGGUAAAGUCACCAAGCAGGUACGGCAGCUCCACACGCCUACAACAAGGAACUCUUGCGCAAUAUACGUUUUCUCUUUAGAUUAAGAUAACUCUGCUGCCCUGCUAAUGGUGUGUGUGUGUGUGUGUGUGUGUGUGUGCGUAUGAUGAUGUGCAUGUGUGUGUGCGUGUAUGUGACUGGGUGAACAAUGAUGUGUGUGUGUGUUACAGGAUAUGUGCAGUCUCAUGCAGUCCAUCUACGAGGUGGUUGAAGCGUCGGCCAAGCAGCCGUCCUGUAGCAGCACAGCGCUAAAAGUCAAACUGGUGGUGGGCCCUUCCAGCAGCUCCGGCCGGGGAUCCAGAACAGGGGACAGAAUGGAGGUCCAACAGGAGGAGGCUAGGAGCCCAGAGAGGACUUUUCACUGUGUGGAUGAAAACACAGAACGCAGGAACCACUACUUAGACCUAGCUGGGAUAGAGAACUAUUCCUCCAGGUUUGACGAUGCAGGUAGGUACACAAUUACCAUUUUCAGCACUUUUGAGGCACAGAUCAUUAAAGUCAACAUGUUUUUACUGAAAACACACCAAAGAUGAAUGACAUUCAACAAAGAGAAACGGCAGCAUAACAUGAUGUUUGUUGUCCAUCCUCUGCAGACGCCCCCUCUCAGGAGCCCAGACUGGAUGCACGCACAGACCAGCAGCACCGCUCAGUGUUGGUAGGGGAGAACUGCGGUGCAACUGAGUCCAGAGGCAGGGGCCUCUCCUUCAUCAGGUCUCUCAGGGGCCAUGUCAAGGCAGUGGGGGGAGACAGAGGAGGAGGAGGAGGAGGAGGGGGGAGGGGGAGGAGGAAGUGGGGGUAA